AUGCAGCGUGCUACUGCUCUGCACUAUCAAAACACAAUAUCAGGCCUGCGGCGAGAAUUGCUCAACUUCGAUUCCGCAAAUGACCGGCAACAAGCGAGGCUCUUGUUAAUCCUGAUUAUUGCUUGUCAUUACGAAGCUAUAUCUGGCAAUAAGAGCGGAAUGAUGCUCCAGCAUUUGCGUGCUAGUCGAGAGAUAGUCAGGCGACUUCUCACUCAACCUCAAAGAGGUAAUAUUGACCAAGAUUCUCUGGGUUUUAGCCUUGAACUCUACGCCUACUUGUCCAUCGUCAACUCGCUCGCAUCUUAUCGAAGUAUUGGAAAGCUUGCUCAGCCAUACGACACGUUUUUGACUUCGUUGGAUGAACUAAGCAGCUACUCGACAUUUGGCUCAAUGUUUGGCGGUUGCCACUCACUAUAUGAGCUUAUUCCCCGCAUCACGCAUUAUUACUUGGACGAUGCCGCCAUCCGCAGACUCUUUGGAUCAACAUGA